ACGCGGGGUCUAAUUUCGGCAACUCUGGCCCGCAUUUCAUCUCGCUUCCGAGCAGAACCGUAUCCGGGCAAACUCUCGGGUAGGUGCACAGAUGGCGGCGACCGCGACCGUGAGCGUAUUAACGACAUGUUUCCUGGUCCAUAUCCUCGCAGGAGUGGACCCUCGGGACGUUUACCCGCAGUCGCCGUCGGCUCAAACCCUUGAUGUUGGGAAAGCCUUCAAGGUGGAUUGCCACACGGGUUUGUUAGGAAGCGGGCAGGUGUUUUGGUACAAACGGCAACACCGACAACUGCAGCUAAUCUACACGGCGUGGGAGUACGGGAUACCCGCCGGAAGAUUCUCGGGACAAAUUAACGUCCAAAUGACCAUCUAUUCCAUGUUUAUUAACAAAGUCCAGAGAAAUGAUUCUGGGUGGUAUUACUGUUCAGCCAGGAAAUAUAGCGGAAUGGCACUCGUGUUCGGGAACGGAUCCAAACUAAUAGUUGCAGGGUCUCCGCGCGUCAUUCUCUUAACUCCGCCGACGGAUGAGGUUCGGGGGAUGGAAGUGGUGCAACUGAUGUGUCUGGUGCAAAACGCGGCGUCUCACUCCCCAUCCAUACGCUGGAAUGUUUCGGGACGGGACAUGGAGGGAUGGGAGGACUCUGGAACGAUAGACCAGGACGGGUCACACGUCGUGAUCAGUCAUAUCAGCGUUCCCGUGAAAAGUUGGCGCGUCUGUAACUGCGCGCUGCGAAUCAACUCGAGUCAAACCCUCACCAGCAAAUAUGUCGUCGCUCAAAGAGGUACGUCGCCUUGGGACGCUUGCAUAUCGUUGCGGUUUGUGGGAUUUCCGGUAGCGAUCAUUCUUCUGGCGAUAGUUAUCGUGAUUGUCUACAAACGCUGCAAGAAGCGGGGCAACCAGCACGGCGAUGGUGACGGCGACGGUGACUUCACAGACGCGAGGACAGGCCGAGCGGGAAACGAAAGUGUCUACGCUGGUUUGAGGUUUAACGCAGCCCGACUCAAAGACCGGAGGCGCUAGAGACGAGCAUGGCGUGUAGUGGAAGAUAUUGAACCCGGAAAUGCAGCCGGUGAAAGUUCCAGCAGCAAACUGCUAAUUUGGUUGAUUGACGGGAUGGUGCGAAUGUGUUACAGAUAAGGCGCACAUCCUUCCCAGUACCUGCCAAAUUACGGUAAGUACACACAUGUACUCAGAAGAAAAACUCCUAUCCUGACCGUGUACCGGUAGACACAUCUCCUCGCGUCUCCAAAGCAAUUUCCACCAAGCUAUUGGAAACGGCAUCCAGAGGCGAAUAGCGAUGCCCAGUCUCCGGCGAUGGGUUACGACGUUCCGUUACUUUUAACCUGAUCUUGUGGUCCCGAUUUCCUUCUAAAUUCACUUUGUGUUUCUUUGUUUAAAAUAUUUUUUUUAUUAGAAGUAAGAACAAUAAUAGGUGCCACAGAUACCUGGUAUAUAUUGACAUGUUACAAUUCAUGUACAGCUUUUAUUAUUUUUAUUUUAACAAUAAAAAGGAUUGUAUUUUGUAUUUCUAACAUAAGACUCUGCUGUAACUCCAGAAUUUAACAAAAUAUUUCCGUGGCAAUGUACAAUAAACCAGUUUUGAAAACUCGAGCGCUGUGCUUUUUUUUUUUAAAUUUCAGAUGUUAUCCAAAUAAAAUCCAGCAAGAUCAUAAAAUACACGAUUGAAUGUGGGGAUCUGAAACUGGAUUUGUUCAAUGUGUAAUAAAGAGUCCCUACUGACUCGCGCCCUAUCCACGUUCUCCAGAGAUGCCGCUCAGUUACUCCAGCGCGCUGUGUCUUUAUUUGUUAACCAGCAUCACUGUGCUCGUGUCACAGAGUCGUGGGGCUAUUGAGGGAGUGCAGUGUAUUCUUGUUAUUGAGGGAGUGCAGCGUAGGUUCACCAGGUUAAUUCCCGGGAUGGCGGGACUGACAUAUGAUGAAAGAAUGGGUCGACCAGGCUUGUAUUCACUGGAAUUUAGAAGGAUGAGAGGUGAUGUUAUAGAAACAUAUAACAUUCUUAAGGGGUUGGACAGGCCAGAUGCAGGGGAAAUGUUCCCGCUGUUGGGGGAUUUCCAGAACCAGGGGUCACACACAGUUUACGAAUAAGGGGUAGGCCAUUUAUAACAGGGAUGAGAAAAUACCUCUUCACCCAGAGAGU